AUGCUGAGAUCCGUGGUGCAUUUCCCCGGACAUAGGCAAGCCCAAAUAUCCCAUGCGGAGAACCUGGGGAUGGGCGCCGCAGGCUGUGAGAAUGAACGCAUCGACGUGGAGGGACCAUGGCUGGGGGAGUUCGGCAUCGCGUAUUUCACGGUCCAAUCUUCGAAUAGGCUUCAUUCAUCUACGCGACUUGUGCUACACUUGGAGAUCCUUCAUUAUCAGCAAAGUUUCCUUGGCAGCGUUGUCGUCGCGAAGCAAAAACUUGCUCCGACCUUGGCCACGAUGGGCCCCCUGCAGGCAUCAGACCUUCUUUCACCCCCUCAUUCUGGAAUGAUGGAGAAGAAGACUCUUCAUCCGGUUGUGGCGGUUUAG